AUGCCUAAACCUAGAGGAAAAUCAAAGGUGAAGAGAGGAAAAAAGAGAAAAUCCGGGAAGAUCAAACACAAAAGUGGUGACUCAUCUCGACAGAAAAAGAUUAAACAGGAAAUUGACAUAUUGGGUAAAAUAGCUAUGGAGAACUUGUACUACAUCGCUCACAAUGCUCCAAGUGCACUAGUUUACCGUGGAUUUCGUUGGUCAGGAAUGAAAAUGAAAAAAGGGAAAGGCAAGAGGAAGGAAGUAAAAAAUGAUAACAUUACACAAACACUGAAUCAAAAUAAUAAAAAUUCUUAUUUGUCUGAACUUUGA